UCUCUGGACAUCCCCGCCCUUUCCUUUCCCCUCCCUCCCCAGUUUCUGCACUGGGGCUUCUGGAUCGGAAUGAUGUCAUUAUACCUGAAGAAAUUACUGGAUCUGGCUGGAAGGAAAGAAGUGAAUUCCAUAACACGGUAUAUUGCCAGCUUCAGGACACAGCCAGAGAAAAACACAACAAUAGCUCAGAUUUGGCUAAAAACAAAACAUGAUAAGAAAGGCUCUAGCAGUCGAGCAUUAUGUAUAAAAGUUAUUGAAGAGAAAACAAAAAAGAAAAAUGCCAAAGAAACAUUUGAAAGUGUUGGGAGGAGAAUCCCAUACAACAGGAUACAACUAAUUGAUGAGAAUGGCGAAGACAUGGGAGAAAUGCAUAGGGUAAAUGUACUUCGUAUUAUGGAUGAAAGAGGGAUGAAUCUUGUCCUGCUGUCUGAAAAAACAGAUCCACCCAAGUAUGGACUAAUGACAGGAAAACAAAUUUAUGAAGAGCGUCUCAAAAUUAGAGACGAGAAAGCCAGCCCCAAAGCAGGGCCUGUUCAACAAAAGAUUAUUAAAAUGACCACAGUUACAGAGCAACACGAUUUCAGUACAAAAGUAAAACAAAUUCAGGAAUGGAUUGACAAGAAGUACCAUGUGAAAAUUAUACUGCGUCAAAAAAAUAUUUCAGAUGGACCAGAAAAGAUGUUAACAUUUUUUGAUAAGAUUUUGGAUACGAUGCGUGAGAAAGCCACAUAUCACUCCAUGCCCUCUAUUGCUGCAGAAGGAAGGAGUACCUGUAUAUUGAGACAUUUAUCAAAGAAAGAGAUCCAGAAAUUAAAUCUUGUGGAGAAAACUAAAGAUAUUCAGAAGGAGAAUGGAAGCAACAUUACAGACUCGGAUGUAACCAAGCACUGAUUGUUUUUUCUCCUAAAAAUGGAAUGGGAAAAGAACACAAGUCAUUUUGCUUCAGCCUUCUGUACCAGUUCUAUAAACUUGGCAAUGACCACCCUCUCAAAGCCACUUUUUGUGAGCAUCUCAUGAUGACUGUUAGGCAGAUUUAAAACUCUUGUCAAGGAAUGGCAUUUCAACCGUCAGCAACUUGCUCUUUGCUGCUUGCUGCAGGCACAGAUUCUUCCACUGGAGAUAAGUUUCUUCUCUGUACUUUUGGAGGAAUAUAUCCACUGAGGUGAGAAGCCAGACUCCGCUUUUGUUGUGGUUUCUUAGGAAGCAAGAUCCAAAAGAAAAAAACUGUAAUAGAAUAUCCCUUUUUUGUCAUUAAAAUCUGAGAAUAGUUAACAAUAAAACUGUCUGUUAUUA